GUGUUUACAAAAUAUGGGAAGUGUUACAUGUUUAACUCAGGCGAGGAUGGCAAACCUCUGCUCACGACAGUCAAGGGGGGGACAGGCAACGGGCUGGAGAUCAUGCUGGACAUUCAGCAGGAUGAGUACCUGCCCAUCUGGGGAGAGACAGAGGAAACGACGUUUGAAGCAGGCGUGAAGGUUCAGAUCCACAGUCAGUCUGAGCCGCCUUUCAUCCAAGAGCUAGGCUUUGGGGUGGCACCAGGGUUCCAGACUUUCGUGGCCACACAGGAGCAGAGGCUCACAUACCUGCCCCCGCCGUGGGGCGAGUGCCGGUCCUCAGAGAUGGGACUCGACUUCUUUCCUGUUUACAGCAUCACUGCCUGUCGGAUUGACUGUGAGACCCGCUACAUCGUGGAGAACUGCAACUGUCGCAUGGUCCACAUGCCAGGGGAUGCCCCUUUCUGUACCCCUGAGCAGCACAAGGAGUGUGCCGAGCCUGCCCUAGGUCUGCUGGCGGAAAAGGACAGUAAUUACUGUCUCUGCAGGACACCCUGCAACCUGACCCGCUACAACAAAGAGCUCUCCAUGGUGAAGAUCCCCAGCAAGACGUCAGCCAAGUACCUCGAGAAGAAAUUUAACAAAUCAGAAAAAUAUAUCUCAGAGAACAUCCUCGUUCUCGAUAUAUUUUUUGAGGCUCUCAAUUAUGAGACCAUUGAACAGAAGAAGGCGUACGAAGUUGCUGCCUUACUUGGUGAUAUUGGUGGUCAGAUGGGAUUGUUUAUUGGUGCUAGUAUCCUUACAAUACUAGAGCUCUUUGAUUAUAUUUAUGAGCUGAUCAAAGAGAAGCUAUUAGACCUGCUUGGCAAAGAAGAUGAGGAAAGGAGCCACGAUGAGAAUGUGAGCACUUGCGACCCGAUGCCAAACCACUCUGAAAACAUCAGCCACAGUGUGAACGUGCCCCUGCAGACAGCCCUGGGGACCUUGGAGGAAAUUGCCUGCUGA